GAAGACCUAGACGCAUUUACCAUGAAGCUGAGCUGUGUUCCCAUGGCCUGGGCCCUCUAUAUUCCCUCUGCCGUACUCUGGGAAGCUCAUUUGUUGGUGGUUGCAGCAUCAUUUUCUGGUUCUCCUUGGGACAUAUCCUCUUCAGCUGCCAGUUUUGAGACUCUGCAGUGUGAAGGACCUGUCAGCACUGAGAAGAGUAACUGCCACAUGGAUGACGACUUGAAGGACCCAAGGGAAACUGACUAUCAGGUCAAGGGCUACACUUUCAGUGAACCCUUCCAUCUGAUCGUGUCUUAUGACUGGCUGAUCCUCCAAGGCCCAGCUGCACCCAUAUUUGAAGGAGAUCCACUGGUUCUGCGCUGCCGGGCCUGGCAAGACUGGCCACUGACUCAGGUCACCUUCUACCGAGAUGGUUCAGCCCUGGGUCCCCCUGGACCAAACAAGGAAUUCUCCAUCGCUGUGGUGCAAGAGGCAGACAGUGGGCAUUACCACUGCAGUGCCAUCUUUAGAAGCCCCGGUCCAGGGAGCCCAGAAACAACAUCUACGGUGGCUAUCACAGUCCAAGAACUGUUUGCAGCCCCAGUUCUCAGAGCCUCGCCGUCUGCUGAACCCAAAGAAGGAAGCCCAGUGACUCUGAGCUGUCACACAAAGCUGCCCCUGCAGAGGUCAGCCGCCCGCCUCCUCUUCUCCUUCUACAAGGAUGGAAGAACAGUGCGCAGCAAGGGCCUCUCCUCAGAAUUUCAGGUCCCCACAGCCUCAGUAGAGCACUCAGGAUCCUACUGGUGUGAGGCAGCCACUGAAGAUGGACAAGUUUGGAAACAGAGCUCCCAGCUAGAAAUCAGGGUGCAGGGUCCCUCCAGCUCUGCUGAAUCGCCCACCUUGAAUCCAGCUCCUCAGAAACUGGCUGCUCCAGAAACGACUUCUAAGGAGACCCCUGGCCCUCUGCCUCCACUAGCUACCCCUUCUGAGCACCGAGGCUUCUCCUCUCCGGAUCCCCACCUGCAUCACCAGAUGAGCAUUCUUCUCAAACUCAUGCAGGAUGUAAGAGCUCUUCUUGGUCACCUGGUCAUAGAGCUGAGGGACUUAUCUGGCCACCUGAAGCCUGAAACCACAAAGGCUCCUGUCAAGUGAAAGUACACUAUUCAACCAUGAUCUGGCUCACCCACCCCCGAUAAGUCCAAUAUUUUCUACUUUUGUCUUUCUAUUCUGCACACAUGCAUAGUUUUACAAGUUGUCCUCAGUGUCUUAUAAGAACAAUGGAAUUAGGGGGCAUAUAAAUAAAUUUGUAUGAAGCAAUAAUUGGAGUUUAACUAUAAUUGUUUAUUCUUAUAGCAUGACAACAUCAUUGUGUUCUCUCCAGAUCAGGAAUUUCUGUUCCCCAAGCCAGAACCUGAUGACUUAAAGAGAAAAAAAAAAUGGAGGUAGAUUUCAUAUAGCAAUAUCAAGUGGGGGCAAUUUUGUUCCCUGAACAUUUUUGUCCUCACACAAGGUAAAAGGGAUGUGUGUGCCACUGGCAUCUAGUCAGGAGAAGCCAAGAAUGCUGCUAACUAUCCUAUAAUGCACAGGACAUCCUCUUCCUCUUAACAAAAGAUAAUCUAUCCCAAAAUGCCAACAGUGCCAAAGUUGAGAAACCCCAGCCUAAUGAUAGACAAGUAUUAGACUCUGGAGUGAGACUUUCCCUCUACUAAGUAUCCUCUCCUUCCAACCUCCUAAAGCAAAUAUUAAUUACAUGCUACUAUUUAGUCAGUGCUAUGGUCUGAAUGCUUAUUUCUCCAAAAAUUUAUAUAUUGAAAUCUUAAUCCCUAAGGUGAUAGUAUUGAUAGAAGGGACCUUUGGGACUAGAUGAGGUAAUGAGAGCAGAACCCUAGUAUUGGGAUUAGGGCCUUUAUAAAGAAGACCCUACAGAACUAGCCUGCCCUUUUGCCAUGUAAGAACACAUCAAAAAGAUGCUCUUUAGGAAUCAGAAAGUGAGCCCUCUGGGCUGGAGUUGUGGCUCAGUGGUAGAGUGUUUGCCUGGCAUGUGUGAAGCCCUGGGCUGGAUCCUCAGUGCCACAUAUAAAUAAAUGAAACAAAGAUCCAUUGAUAACUAAAUAUAUAUAUAGAGAGCCCUUGCCAGUUGCUGAAUCCGUUUGCUUGCUUUAAGCUUGGAUUUCCCAGCCUCCAGAAUUGUGAGAAUAAAUUUCUG